AUGCACAACGGACCGUCGUCGGUUUCCAAGGAGCAACCGAGAGUCACUCUUUACAUAAUCCUCACCACAGCUUUUCUCUCUCUCUGCUUCCUCCUCUCUCUCUCCUCCUCCUCCUCACGCUCCUCAUCUUCAUACACCGGACCCGACGACCUACGACCCGACCCGAGACUCUUCCCUUCCUCCUCCAAAAUCGCCGCCGACACAGCUCCUCCUUCCGUCGCUUACCUCAUUACCGGAUCUUCCGACGAUUCGCGCCGGAUCCUCCGUCUCCUCUACGCCACUUACCAUCCUAGAAAUCGGUACCUCCUCCAUCUCGAUAGCUUGGCGACGCAGUCGGAGCGAGAUCGGCUCGCUGUCGUAGUGCAAGACGUGCCGAUUUUCCGAGCUGCGAGGAAUGUUGAUGUCGUCGGGAAGCCGGAUUUCGUUUACCAGAGAGGGUCGUCUCCGAUGGCAUCGACGCUUCACGGUGCCUCGAUUCUUCUCAGAUUGUCUGGUGCUUGGGAUUGGUUUGUCAAUCUCAGUGUUGACGAUUACCCUCUCGUUACUCAAGAUGAGCUUCUUCACAUUUUGUCACAUUUGCCUAAGGACUUGAAUUUCGUGAACCACACUAGCUACAUUGGAUGGAGAGAGUCAAGGAGGUUGAAGCCAGUGAUUGUUGACCCAGGGCUCUAUCUUGCGGAGAAAACCGAUAUGUUCUUUGCUACACAGAAACGAGAGCUGCCUAAGGCUUUCAAGUUAUUCUCAGGUCCAUCUUUCUCCAUCCUAAGCCGAAAUUUCAUAGAGCACUGCGUCUUGGGGACUGACAACUUCCCUAGAACACUACUCAUGUACUUAUCCAACACACCAGCUUCUCUCUCCAACUACUUCCCAACCAUCCUCUGCAACUCGAAUCUCUUCAAAAAGACCAUCAUCAACAACAACUUACUCUACCUAGCUUCCGACGACACUUCCAAAGAAAGAUACCAUCACCUCGAUCCCAAAGAGUUCACCGAUAUGCUCGAAUCCGGAGCAGCGUUUGCAAGAGGAUUCAGAUUCGAUGACUCUAAUCUUGACCGUAUCGAUCAUGAGCUUCUUGGACGCAAACAUGGUGAAGUUGUGCCUGGUGGUUGGUGCUUGGGAGAUUCUAGUAAAAACAGUAGCUCGUGUUCUGUCUGGGGCGACUCAGGGAUUCUUAGGCCUGGCUCUGGUUCGGAUAGGCUCGAGAGACGAAUUGUUGAGUUGUUGUCUAACGAUUGGUUUAAAUCUCACCAGUGCAUAUCUGAAUGA